AUGGUCAACAUUUACAUUUUCGGAGAUCAAACUGUCCGUGUGGACGACGCCGUGCACAAACUAUUACAUGUGAAGAAUAACCCAAUAUUGAAGUCCUUUCUCGAUGGGUCCUUUGCUGCUAUAAGGAAGCAGAUUUUCCUAUUACCGGCAAAUGAGCGAACCUCAUUGCCGGACGCACACACACUCCCCCUUCUGCUAGAAGCUGUCAGACGCGGACGGCGCCAUGUUGCUCUGGAAAGUGCACUAGUCUGCCUCUGCGAGAUAGGACAAUACAUUGCACUCCUGCAGACUACGGAUCUUUGCCAUCCACCAACCGGCUCCAUCCUAGUUGGAUUUUGCACCGGAUCUCUGGCAGCCGCUGCGGUUUCCUGCGUACGAACCAGUAUCGACCUGCUCACCCUUGGUAUUGAGGCCGUGGUAGUUGCAUUUCGGGUGGGCAUGCAUGUAGCUCGGCGGGCUAAUGCAUUGGGCGGAGACGGCGGUUCGCAGUGGAAACCCUGGUCACUCGCCGUAACAGAUGGGUCCGAAUCAGAGACUGAAAAGAUACUUGAGGAAUUUACAAGGGAUGAGGUAAGUGGUGUACAUGUCGCCAAUCGGCAUGAUGCUUAUAUACUCGCAAAGGGUCUCCCGGCAAUUAUGAAGCCGUACGUCAGCGCCGCUGGAAGCAAUACACUUACUAUCAGCGGUACGCCAAGGGUGCUUGAAGCAUUAAAGGCUUCCCCACACCUUCGAGGUACAAAAUCAUUGCCAGUUUCAAUAUAUGCACCAUAUCACGCGGCACACCUAUACAACGAGGCCGACGUUGAAAGUAUCUUCGCCUGCAAACCAGUUGAAAGUGCUCUGUUUCAUAGGGAAUUGAGGACGCCCCUCAUAUCAUGCGCCACUGGUACCGUUUUGAAAGAGAAGACAUUUGGUGACUUGCUUCGAGCACUGGUCAUGGAGAUCUUGACCUGCCAGAUCCGAUUCGACAAGGUUGAGGAGAGUAUUGUUCAGCAUACCCCCGGUGCCACUGCUCAACUCAUCCCUAUUCACACAAACAUUGCACCCAGGAUGAAAACAUCAUUAACACAAGUCGGCCUUCAGGUGGAGUGCUUCAAAGCGAUAGCAAACCAAGAACCGGCGGCGGAGGCUUUAUCAGAGUCUCCAAGCAAUGAUUCGUCUAAGAUUGCCAUCAUUGGCUUUAGUGGUCGCUUUCCGGAGGCAGACGGUCUAAAUGAAUUCUGGGAAUUAUUGCAGCAAGGGCUGGAUGUCCAUAAGCCUAUUCCCGCCGACAGAUUCGACCUCGAAGCUCAUUACGAUGCUACACUUCGUGAGAAGAACACUAGUCGCAUCAAACAUGGUUGUUGGAUACGGAGUCCUGGCUCAUUUGACGCGCGUUUCUUCCAGAUGUCUCCACGCGAGGCAUGUCAGACGGAUCCUGCCCAGCGCCUGGCUCUGCUCACAGCAUACGAAGCUAUGGAAAUGGCUGGGUUUGUCCCGGAUCGAACACCGUCAAGCCAGCGGGAUCGCGUGGGCGUAUACUAUGGAAUGACGAGCGAUGACUGGCGCGAAGUGAACAGUAGCCAAGAUAUUGAUACCUAUUUCAUCCCAGGAGGGAUCCGGGCCUUUGUACCCGGUCGCAUCAAUUACUUCUUUAAAUUCAGUGGACCGAGUAUCACAGUGGAUACAGCUUGCUCAUCGAGCCUAGCAGCUAUUCAUACUGCCUGCAACGCUCUACUCAACAGUGAUUGUGAUACUGCCUUGGCCGGUGGUACAAAUAUUUUAACGAACCCCGACAACUUCGCUGGACUGGACCGGGGGCAUUUUCUCUCCUCGACUGGGAAUUGCAAAACCUUUGAUGACGAUGCAGACGGAUAUUGCCGGGCAGAUGGCGUUGGCACCGUCAUUCUCAAGCGCCUACAGGAUGCAAUAGCCGAUAACGAUCCUAUAUUUGGCGUGAUAGUGGGAGCACGAACUUCCCAUUCGGCAGAAGCAGUCUCAAUAACUCGUCCCUUGGCCGAUGCGCAGGCACAUCUAUUCAGAAAAUUACUGGCAGAAUCUGGAAUUCAUCCCCACGAGAUCAGCUAUAUCGAAAUGCACGGUACAGGAACACAGGCGGGCGACGCAGUUGAGAUGAAAUCAGUGCUUGACAGCUUCGCCCGGGAUGAUAGCCGAGCCCCUGAUAGGCCGUUGCAUUUAGGGUCUGUCAAGGCGAAUGUCGGUCAUGGUGAAUCGGCAUCAGGUGUGACAGCAUUGAUUAAGGUACUGUUGAUGAUGCAGAAGAACCGAAUUCCGCCUCACUGCGGCAUCAAAGGGAGAAUAAACCGUCACUUCCCUACAGAUAUGGAGUAUCGCAAUGUGCAUAUUCCGUUCAUGGAAACUGAUUGGACACGCCCACAAGAAGGAAAGCGCCGCUCAUUCAUUAAUAACUUCUCUGCAGCUGGAGGUAAUACGGCUGUGUUGGUUGAAGAUGCGCCGUUAUUAGAGCAGUCCAGGGCUAUAUCUUCGCCGGACCCACAAAGAUACCAUGUUAUAACCCUCUCUGCUCGGUCGGUGAGAAGUCUGUCAAAGAACAUGCGUGCUCUGGGCGAGUUCAUCGGGUCAGAAACCUCUCCAGGGCUCUUAGCACGCAUUGCUUAUACAACUACCGCUAGGCGCAUGCAUCACUCCUACCGAGUAGCCUUCGUAGGAAAUGACCUACAGGAGGUUAAACGAAGGUUUCUCGACACAGAUGUGACAGAGGCUAUCAAGCCUUGUCCGACCAAGUCGCCCGGCGUUGGCUUUCUAUUCACCGGUCAGGGGGCACAGCAAACGGCUAUGGCGCGGGAACUAUACGAUAGAUUCACCUCCUUUCGGGCGGACAUACUUGAGUUUGAAGCUGUCGGUCGCGGGCAUGGGUUCCCCUCAAUACUUCCUCUGAUUACAGGAGCGGUUGAUGUUGAGGAGUUGUCCCCUAUGAUAGUACAACUUGGUACCGUGGUGAUCCAGAUAGCAAUGGCACGAUUAUGGCAGACCUGGGGCCUGACUCCAGAAUAUGCACUCGGGCACAGUCUUGGUGAAUAUGCCGCCCUACAGAUAGCAGGAGUUCUCAGCAUCAGCGACACAAUCUACCUAGCUGGGUCGCGAGCUGCCUUACUAGAGAAAAGAUGCACAGCCGGAUCACAUGGUAUGUUGGCAGUCAAAGCGUCGGUCGCUCACCUAGAGGAGGCUCUCAAAGGUAUGCAGGUAGAGGUGUCGUGCAUAAAUGGGUUUGAUGAUACCGUUCUCAGUGGUACAAAUGAUGAGAUUGACCGAGCCUCCAAGGAGUUAUCGGAACUUAAAGUGACAUUCAAGAGACUCAUUUUGCCAUUCGCAUUUCACUCAUCACAGGUCGACCCGAUUUUGGAAGAGUUGGAACAUAUUGCCAGCCAAUUGUCAUUCCAACCACCAAGGAUUCCAAUCGUAUCACCCACUGUGGGUCAUAUAAUUACAGACGAAGGAACUAUUGGAGCUCAGUACAUCCGCCGACAUUGUCGCGAGCCUGUAAACUUUCUGGGUGCCAUACAGGCAGCUCAGGGUUCAGGGAUAUGUAACUCUGGGGCGUUGGCAGUUGAGAUUGGUGCACAUCCCAUACUCACACGUAUGAUGAAGGCUGCGGUCGGUUCAAGUGUUACGGUGUGUUCAACGCUAUCCCAUCGAGAGGAUAUGUUCAAGACCCUCACAGAAUCAUUGUCCGUAUUGCACCUGGCAGGAGUGCGGCUAAACUGGGACGAGUACCACCGGGACUUCAACAAUCAGGUUGUCAUGCUCCCGGCAUAUAGCUGGGAUUAUCAGGACUACUGGAUUCAGUACCAGAAUAACUUUUGCCUAACCAAGGGGUCUCCGGAAAGAUCUGAGAGUGUUGAUGCUAUUCAACCCAUGUCUACUCGGCUGAGUCCUUCCGUCCAGAAGAUUCUAGAAGAGGAGAUGACUGCCGCACAGGCAAGUAUUAUUAUAGAAUCUGAUAUCACUGACCCGGAGCUACUGCCAGUAGCGCUGGAUCAUAAGGUCAACGGUGUGACGCUUUGCCCAUCAUCUUUAUAUGCAGAUAUUGGCCACACAUUAGGUACAUAUCUGUUAGGCAAAAAAGAGGAUGUAACGGAUUACAAAAUAGACGUCUCCAACAUGGCUGUGGAAAAAGCUCUAGUCGUCAAAGGGACUGGGCCACAGCUGUUCCGUGCGUCUCUUGACAUGGACUGGAACAUGCUCCGUGGGAUGAUGAAGGUGUACAGCGUUAACAACAUGGGGACUCUCACCACACAUCAUGCACAGUGUACCAUAGAGCUCCAGAGACCGCAUCAAUGGCAGGAGGGCUGGAACCGCCAGUUGUACCUAAUACAACGCAGCAUUGAACAGUUGAAGAAGGGUGUUGAGGAAGGAUGGACACACAAGAUGCGCCGAGGUGUGGCGUACAGACUCUUCUCGUCGAUGAUGCAAUACGGCCCCUCGUAUCAAGCCAUGGAGGAAGUCAUAUUCGAUAGUUCUGGGUUGGAAGCCACCGCCCAGGUGCGUUUACAGUCGACCACAGGUAGGUAUUCAUUUAAUCCUGUCUGGUCUGACAGCCUCGGUCAUAUAACCGGCUUUGUCACGAAUUGUAACGAUUCUAUUGAUCUAACGGAGAACUUAUUUGUGAACCACGGUUGGGGGUUCAUGCGCUGUGUUGAGCCUUUCUCCCCGGACACGGUUUACCAAACUCACGUCAAAAUGCAACCCGUCGAUGGGAACAAUGGCUUUUAUGUGGGAGAUGUUUAUGUUCUCAACGAUCACCGCAUAAUUGCUCAAUAUGGAGCAGUCACCUUUCAGAAAGUGGCUCGACGGGUCCUGGAAAUGUUGUUGCCUGCCACCACAUCCAAAGGGAGAUCUUCAAACAUAAGACCAAGAAAUGUUGGUACUGCCCAGUCUGCCAAAAUUGUCCAGAGUAAGAGACGAACCCAGACUCCUCAUGUUGAGGAUGCAUGGCAGCAAGUAUUGGAAAUGAUUGCCCGCGAGCUUGGGGUCGAUCCUGGACAGCUCACUGAGGAUGUGAACUUUACUGACAUGGGAGUUGAUUCGCUCAUGUCCUUGACCAUUAUCGGCAAUUUCCGGGAGUUUCUAAGCCUAGACGUACCAUGGUCGCUCUUUGAAGACUGUCCGUCUGUGCAGUCACUUCGCAUUUACCUCAAUAUGUCAUCAUUGUCCGAGUCUGAUAGUAUUGAGACAAGCAGUUAUCCAACCCCCGAUGAAUCUACGACAACAACUAUCACAUCACCUAGUGGAAGUGACAGAAAUGUAGGGAGAAACUCCGGGAUAGAUGGUGUGGGAACUACGGUGGGCUUGGUUUUAUCCAUAUUGGCCGAGGAGAUCGGUGUAAAUGUCAGAGAUCUCUCGAAUGCAGAUGGCCUGAGCGAACUUGGUCUAGAUUCCCUCCUGUCAAUCACAGCGCUUGGAAGAGUGCGUGAUGAGACGGACCUAGACCUCCCCAGUGAUUUCUUUCUCGAGCACUCGAGCGUUGCUGCGAUCACAGCGGCGCUACAUGCGAUAUUUGGAUCGACGGAGCAAGGUCCCGAGCAGAGUUUAAUUACCAGUCAUCCACCCGCUAUGUCAAUAAACCUCCAAGGCGACGAAGGUUGUCCACAAACACUUUUCCUCUUUCCUGAUGGGUCUGGGUCCUCCACAUCCUAUUCAGCGCUUCCCACCAUUUCCAAGGAUGUACGUGUAUAUGCCAUGGACUGCCCAUACCUAAAGCGGCCGAAUGAGCUCGCAAAAUGCCAACUCCAAGACCUCACCCCAGUCUAUGUGGCAGAGAUCCGUCGACGCCAGCUGCGAGGCCCAUACAGCCUCGGCGGUUGGUCUGCAGGCGGGAUUGCUGCAUAUGAAGCGGCACAGUAUCUCGUUGAUCAAGGUGAAAGGGUUGAGCGACUGAUAUUGAUAGACUCUCCGAACCCUAUGGGACUAGGGAAGUGCCCACCACACUUCUACCGCUUUCUUGAGGAAGCAGGAGUCUUCGGUGUCCACGGCGGACGGAAACCCCCGGCGUGGCUAUUGCAGCAUUUUCAAGCCUUCAAUGAUGUACUAAGCCAGUAUACACUGGAGCCCUUCCGCCCGGCUGACGCGACCCCCAAUACUACUCUCAUAUAUGCACAGGAUGGUGUAUGCAAGUCGCCAAGGGACCCUCGGCCGGAACGACAUCCGGGUGACCCAGAAGUCUUCUCUUGGCUGCUAGAGAACCGAGUGGAUAUGUCAUGCAACGGAUGGGAUCAACUGCUUGGGGAGGAUAACAUCCACUUAGGAACCGUAUUUGAUGCCAACCAUUUCACUAUAGUGCGAACUCCAGCGGUCGUUCGUCUGUCUGAAAUAGUGCGGAUGGCGAUGUCUCGGAAAUUCCAAUAG